CGAGCGAACAGUGAGUGCGCGCAUUGUUCGUCGCGCUGCUGUUUAAUUGGAAUAAUAUGAUCCGCGGCUUCACGCCGGCUUUUCGGUGACUGCGCUGCAACCGCGCACACUUAUCCGGCUCUGUUUGCCAUUCCUUUAUUUAACGCAGGAUCAUCAUAAUUAUAACAACAGUAAUAAUAUGUGCAUUUAUAGUUUAAUGGGCGCUUUGUUACUUGUAGUUUGCCAAGUACUCUAAGUAACAUGUCCAUAAACACAUAAUCUACUUAUUUCACGGUAGUUACUGAACCAGUUGGAAUAAUGCUUGAAGAAAAUGAUUCGGUAAUUAUUGUGCUUUUUUAAGCUCCAGUGUUUAAGAACGACACGCUCCAGCUCCGCUUCUUUAUUGACCCUUCAGGGUUGCACCGGGGGUAAAAGAUUUUUGUUUAUUGCUCCAAAUGUUGGUUGGUUUUUGUGGAAACUGUUCUUUAUUUGCUAAAGAAAAAGAGAGAGUGGUCUUUUUUUCUUUCCUUCCUUUUUUUUUUUAAUAAAAGACGCGUUUGCGGUAUGACGGAUAGCACUUUUGCGCAACAAUUGCUUAUUUUCCCCUUCUGGAAUAAUAGAGACACUGAUUAUUUUUGUCUAAGGAUCUCUUUGUGUCUUCAGAUUGCAGCGCAGAGCCGAGGUCACCGGGUUUAGGCAGUAUAAGAAGUAACCAAGGAUUUAAAAACAACUUAACGAAAAAAACCUCCAAAUGCACUUGUCUUCUUGCGUGUAAUUAGAUCUGGCCAUAGCGGGUAAUUAGCGGUUGUUAACAAAUAUAUUUGCGCCUCAAUCGCAACAUUUGCACGUCCCACUGCACCUCCGGUGGGAGGCGCACACGCACUGAAGCAGAAUCCAGAAGCUCGCGACUUCCGUAUGCUUGAGCGGCAUAUAUAUAUGUGUGUGUUUCUCUUAAUGUCGCAAACUGCAUGCUUAUGGUGCAAUCUGAAAUGUCGCAUGUUUUCCCGCCCCACAGCUGACAUAAAAACACGCAAACAAACUCCACUUUAUAAGUGUACGGUGACGACGGUAAAGUGCACUUUGGACGGAUUUCCUUCAACAUUUCAUCACACGGUCGCUUGCUUUCCUUCCUUUUCCUCUGCCUGUUUUUCCUGUCUCCCUUCCCCUCUCUCUCUCUCUCUUUUUCCCUCCCUCUCCCUCAGUUUGUGUGUGUAUGUGUGUGUGUAUGUGUGCCUGCGUGUUAGCAGCCGCUGCCCGUGCGAUCGAGUUGCUGUUUCGCUUUCCAGUUUCUCCUCGUGUUUGGAUUCACGCACAAAUCCUCGUGGGAUUCGAAAAAAAGAAUAAACAAAAAAGAAAGUUAUUAUAAUAUAUCCACCAGGAGAGAGAGCGGCGCGUCCAGGUCAAGUGCAGUAGCCGUCUGUGCGUGCGUAAAAGGAAGUAGUUAUUAAACCCGCGUCUGCGCAUAGAAAAAGAAAGAGUUUGCGCUAAAGAAAACAUCACCUAAACACAAUUUCUUGAUUUUUUUUAAUGCCAACCUGGAACAGAGGCGGAUCGUUAAGGCUCUAAACCUAUAUUACUCUGAGCGUAGUUCUAUUGAAGCUGCACUUCUGAGCUUUCACUUAUUUUAGCACAUUCUGGAGAUACUGCAAUAGGAUCCCAUUAAAAGCUUCCAGAUUUGUCUCUUGAGGCGGGUUCGUUUCAGGUUGACUGCCUGUGACGCAGUUAAAGUCACCCCAGCCGCUUCCUAUAUGUCGGAUUUGGGUUUUUUUUUCUUCUCCUCAGCAAAAAAAUAAAAAAAUAAAAAUAAACAAAGACUUGCCAUAAUCAGCAAUUUCUGACAAACAAUAGAUACUCGGUGGACGUCAGUUUUGGAACAGGAAACUGGGUUUUACCGCUUGUGCUGGGAAAAAAAAUAUGCUGUGGGAAUCAGGUGCUGUGGACGCCGAUGAAAGUAAUCCGGACGGGCCCCACAGGUGAAACACCGACUUCCCUGAUGUAAAGACACUGGAAAGGUCAGCGCGCUAUUAAACGAAUAGGGUGUAGAAAAAACGCUGCGAUUCCGCAUUUCUAAAAAUAAAGAAUUGCAGAACAAAGUCCAGGCGUGACACAGCAAGUUGCGCUGCAUGCGCAGCUGCGGCUCCGGAAAACACGCAGCACAGACGCGGAGAGGGGCUGUUGUAGCCGGGCAGAGGGAUGAAAGCCCAUGCUCACGGUGACGCUCUGUUCAUCCAACAGACCGCCAAAUCUGCUCGAUGGCUCGACCGAAGUAACGCCAGCAGAGGGGACCGGCGGAGACCCAGCAUCCUCAGCGCGAACACCACGUUCCUCGAAGCACACAGAGCGGAGCCGCGCGCCGCAGGCGGGCGCCUCCACAGCCGGGGGAGGAGGAGGAGGAGGAGAGGGAGGAGGACGAAGAGGGGAGCCGGACUCGGACACGCCGCCUUGCUCCGUGAGCCCGGCCAGUUUAGACGUCUUUCGAAGCAGGUCGAUAUUUCGCCCUCCCCGCCGCUCGUCCAGCGGAUACUUCUCCUUUGACUGCGACUCGCUGCCGAGCUCCCCGCUCUCUCCACACCCAGUGACGGCUGACAAAGCCACGCAGACCCCCAGCCUCACCGGCCAGGUGAUGAACCACGCCCUGCAGCGAAUGGCUGUGGAGCACGGUGGACUCGGGCUGCACGGGCACUCUCCCAACCACUAUAGCACUAUUAACGCGGCACGGGAUAUGCAGUCAGAAACCUUUGGUCGUCAACUCCGUGCUAUUGGAGAUGACUACAACAACCACCUGAUGGUAAGGAGGAUGGCGAGAAGACACCAACGGAAUAUAGUCCCUCUAAACCUGAUGCCGCACAUCCAGCAAGAGCCUGUUGCCAUGCUUUGUGUCUGCCUUCUGCUCCUCCUGGUCGGACGAAUAAUGUACAUGCAAGGCAGCACAAGCAGCCAUGACCACUCUCAGGUUUAGCCUUAGGAAAACCCAGCAGACGUAGCAUUCUUCUUGAGUAUGUUUUGAACAUAUAUCAAAUCUUGACUCUUUUAUAUAUAUAUAUAUAUAUAUAUAUAUGAUUUAAUAUGACUGUUCCUUCCCACUUUGAACUCUUCUCUUUUAGGAAGGAACUCUAAAAUGUUUGAUUUUCCCUAAUGGCCUCCGAGUCUCCAUCAUUUUACCAAAGAGGCAAGAUUUGCACUCCGUUUUUUGAACAGAGACAGUGAUUUGACCCGAAAAAUAUGCCUGUGGAAAUUCAAACGUGCCUUGUACAGUUUGUUUACUUUAUUAAGAUUGAUUUAAGUUGUGUUUUGUUUUUACUAUUGUACAGAGAUUAUGUGCUUCCUGAGCGAUCACGGUCUGUGACCCAGAUUUGUUCAAGUUUAUGGGUCUAAAAUGAUUUUCUCUUAUUCUCCGCCCGUCAUGCAUUCAAAAUAUAAGUGCAUUUACAUUGUCGUAAUCUGUGUUCCCAAACUACGGUCAUUUUAAGGUUUUAUUUCCACAAAAUAUGUUGUUCUAUACCAGCCUUUAAAACGGAUGUAAACCAAACUGCAUUUUUAUUCAGACAGAAGAAAUAUAUUGUGAUUGUCUCAUAACGUUGACUUUAAACGCGAUGAAAAUGUUUUUGCUGGUUGAUCCGGACGGCUGCAGAACUGUCACGUUGUUCAAAUGAUUUGGAAAUGGGAUUAUGAGAUGCAGCAAUACGGCAGCGUAUUAUGGCGUUUGUAGAUAGAAUAGAAUGAAGUAAAUUUUCGCCCAAAAAAAAAAUCCCUGAAAGUUUCUAGAAAAAAACAAGAACAUUUCUGAUGUUGAAAAGUAAAAAAAAAAAAAAAUGUAAUUCUACAGAAGAAAUCUAGAAAUAUUUUGAGAUUAAUCACAGACAUUUUUGGCAAAAACGUGGAAAUUUCUGAGUUUCAAAUGUCACAAAUUUUCUAUUCCAGAGUUCUUUUCUAGAACAUUUCUGAGAUUAGCUUGAAAAUUUCACCGUUUUGCCUAGCAAAUGUUUCACUUUUUAAACUCAAAAAUUUUCUGGAUUUUGAAUUUCUGAAUUUCUUGAAUUUCUGAGAUUAAUCUCAAAUAUUCCGGGUGUUUUCUGGCACGUUUCAAAUUGAGAAACUUCUUAGUUAAUUUUUCUAAAAAACUUCUGAAAUUGAUGUUAACAUUUCUUUUUUGGCAGAAAUUCACACCCUCUUUUUCUACCUAUUGCAGAUUUUUUCUUCCCAUCUGCAAUGGGCCUUUUUUUAAAUAUCAUCCAGUUUUCCAUUUUUCUUGAAUUCAGUUUUAUUUUCAACAUUGCAAAUAACAACAUGCAUUUCAUGUCAGAAAUACCUUAAAGAGCAUUUCUGACAUAGUUUCAGCGCCAAAUGUUCAUUCAUUACUUCAUUCAAAAAUGGCAAUAGAAAACAAUUCUGUAUUCAGCAUUAAAACAAAACUUUUGCACCGUUUUAACGCAAACCUACUGCUCAGUCAGCCACUGGUUAAAGCAAUAACUGUUACCUAACUAGCCCUACAAGCAGAGUGAUGUUGAUGAACAAAGUAACAAUUUAAAUCAAGUCAGUCAUUAAAACUAGUCAGUAGUGUCAUUUCUUGCUUUGCUGUUUAUUAAUCUAUAAACUUUUCCAUUGCUCUGCAAUAAGUGAUCAAAUUUUACGGUCUUCCAUCAUCUGGUUUUCUCGUUAGCAGCCAGGGUGAAAGUAACCAGCAGGUUUUGGUUUGUUGACAAUUUUCCGUUUAUUAGCACAGUGAUUCAGACUGAGCCAAGUCUGCUCCCGCCUGCCAGGUCAUUAAACACUCGGAGAGGUUUCUGGAUAGCAUCCAGCCGUGGCUGAAACAGUGAAGGGAUGGGUGGGGUUUUUGUUUUGGAAAUGAUUGGCUAUUAGUAACCAAACAGAGAAAAUACAAUGGUGAAGAUGAAAGAAACAUUUAGAUUUUUAAGCUGUGCACAUUAAAACUGUUCAACUGUUAUGAAGAAAAAAAAUUUAAAAAAAUAAAAGUUUUGAGUAUUGUUAUAAAAUGUUCUUUUGGUGGAACAAUAGUCUUUUCCAUUUUGAUUUUUAGAAUCCUGCUUCAAAAGGUCCACAGCUGUUAAUAGGCCUGGACCGGCCUGAACGUAUAGUAAAGUUUUAGAAAGUUACGGUUUCAAAACUUUCAGCAGUAGACGGUAUUCCUGCUUUCCUUUUCUCCCCCAUCCGUCCCAUCUAUUCUUUUCUGUCCCACGUUUCUUAUUUUCCUCCCUGCUUUGUUUACUUCCUACGUUUCGUCCAGUCUGUAUUUUCUUUGUUCCCCCUUUUGUUUUUUCCUGUCCGUUCUUCCGAUGUUUCCUUCUUUUUUUCCCCCCCGUUCUUAAUCGUCAAAUGUUGUGUUUGUGAAAAUUGGUCGUAGAUUCUUGAGGGACAUUUCUAAAUUGAGGACUGACCAGUUCAGAGUCUGGACAUGAAAAAUGUGCAGAAACUGCACUUUUACAUUGAGGACAAAUUGGGCGACAAAUUCAAACAGUCAUGCUGCGGAAGCAUGACUGUUAAAAUAUUUGUGUAAAUUAAUGUGAAUUUUGACGUAUUUGUGGUAAAGUAUCGCACCACGAGAGUCUCGUACCAGAUCAAGCCUGGUUGCUAAUGAACCAGCUGGUGAUGCUAACAGGCAAAGCUUCACCAGUUUCACAUCCAGGUGAAAUAGUUUCCAGUACCUCCUGCUGCAUCUUUACUAAGUACUUCACAAAGUGACAAAUUUGAAAUAAUAAUGAAAUUGCAGCUUGCAAAUUAAAAUCAGCAUGUUAGCUAAUUUCCCCUAGCAUCAUUAUCAUAAUCUGUGAUACAUACUAUUUCAUGAAAUUAUCUUCUGAAUGCAUAACAUUCAAAAGUCUAUUUAAAAGAGACCAGUCAGUAAUCAUAAACAGCUAUUAGCAUUGUUAAAUAUUAGUCCAAAUGAAUCUACGCUUCAUGUCUCAUAUAGUUUUUACAUCCAUGUAUCACACUAAUUUCCUUUUUUUUUAUGUUGGAGAGACGCGUUCCUUUGCCAUGUAACUAUUCUGAUUAGUUAAAGCGAUGCCGUUGUUGUUGGGUUUUUUUCCCCCCUUUAAAAUGCACAAAGCUUGUCUUCCUUCCUCUUCACCAGUGUUUAGCUGCUUUGCUUCUCCUUCACUGUGACACUGAGAGCGCUGUGACUGCAUGCUGAUUUCUGAUAUUGUGCCAUGUGAAACCUACAACCUCAUUUUGAAAUACUGUGUUACAGCCGGCGUGCGAGAGGAGAGCAUUUCAGGGAGGAAACCGAGAGACGAUUUACUGCGUUCUGAAACUGAUAUGGAAACCUUGUAAUGAGCAUAUUGUUCGCAUGUCUUCUGAAGGUGUUCGAGCACAGAAACACUUCUGCGCACGCGCAUUUGUGUAUAUAUAUGUGUGUGUGUGUGUGUGUGUGUGUGUAUGUGUGCGUGCACGCGCGUGUGUUCAUGACACAUUCAGGGUUUUAAUGACUUGCAUCAAGCACUGCUGGAAUGACUGUGUCGAAUUGCGUUGCCCAUUUCGGUUUAUUUGACUUUUGGACCAUGUGAAAGCCACAACCUUUAGCGGAUAGAUAAUUGUUGCUUGCUUUGAUGCAGGAGGAUGACCUGUUAUUUCAUUGGAAAUGUUAGAGAGAUUAAACGCAGGAAACUUGUUGGGACCCAGAGACACUGCGGUGCGCUGUGCUUUCGCUGAAAAUGUUGUAAAUGCUUCCAUUGAACUUUAGAUAUACAGGAGCCAAAAAAAUAAAAACAAGAAUGACUCCAGAUGACCCAGUACAAGUGUAGCAACCAGUACGUUUUGUUUAUAUUGUAAACUAUAACAAAAAUUCAAUUGUUUCCAAUUCCUGUCCUGGAAACAAUGCUUUUACAACUUUGUACAUUAAAAGAAAUGAAUCAUGUUGUAUGAUGUGAUUUUUUUUAACAAAUAAAAAUGAUUUUUUAAAGUA